AUGUCGCAGCUCGAAAGGAGUACCUCACUUCUCGCAGUGGGUACCGAGAACCAACCUGAGCUGCGGGACAAUCCAAAGGUUCAUUUCGUGGAGACAGCGAUUGGCAAGACUGACCGAAUUUCACGCGACGGAACACCCUUUAUGACUCUUCCUACCAUCAUGAAGGACAAUGGUCAUUUCUGGGUCGACUUUCUCAAGCUGGAUGUAGAGGGCGCUGAGUACAGACUGCUGGAUACAUGGAUGGAGCACUACGAUGAUGUAUUGCCAUUCUCUCAGCUGCUGGUUGAGAUCCAUUUGAAGGAAGAGGACGGGGACGAGGUAUCGUUUUCAGACUUUAGACAGUGGUGGGAGCGAGUGGAGGCGGCGGGUCUUCGCCCGUUCUGGGCUGAGCAGGACAAGUCACCAGAGAGCCUGAUGGCGUCGUUGAAUCCGAUGGGUGAGCCAGUCAAAUUUAGCCACUACAGCUUUAUCAACACUCGAGGCAGACAUAUCCUUGUGGAGUAG